GAAAGUUCUGAACUCACUGAAAGGAUUAGUUUUUCCCGGAGGCUCCGUAAAACAAACUGCAGUAAAGCACCAAACAAAUGGCAGCUGAUCACGGCGAGCUGCUGGCUGAGAUGGCCACCGUCGGGCGUCUGAGCGCCACGGAGCGCCUGAAGCACGCCCAGAAGCGCCGCGCUCAGCAGCUGAAGGCUUGGGCGCAGAUGGAGAAGGAUGCAACACGAGGGUCACGGGCCAAAGCAGACAAGAGGAAGAAGCGCACGACCAGAGUGACAUUUCCUGCCCCCGUCACUCUGCUGGACGCAGCGGCACGCAACGACGUAGAGGAAGUGAGAGAGCUGCUCAACGGCGGCGUCAGCCCAGAUCUGGUCAACGAAGAUGGACUGACGGCUCUACAUCAGUGCUGCAUUGAUGAUUUUGGGGCAGUGGUGCAGUGUCUGCUGGACGCCGGCGCCUCUGUGAAUGCGUGCGACAGCGAGCUGUGGACGCCGCUGCACGCCGCCGCCACCUGUGGGCACACCGGGCUGGUGCAGCUGCUGAUCCAAGCUGGCGCCGACCUGCUGGCUGUCAACUCGGACGGCAACAUGCCCUACGACCUCUGUGAGGACGAGGCCACCCUCGAGCUGCUGGAGAUGAUCAUGGCCGAACAGGGGAUCACUCAGGACCGUAUAAAAGAAUGCAGACGAGCUAAAGAGAAGAAAAUGCUCGCUGACGUUCAGGCUCUGGUUCAGAGUGACGCAGAUCUGAACGCGCAGGACAACAAUGGAGCGACGCUGCUCCAUAUUGCAGCUGCCAACGGCUACAUGUCUGUGGCAGAGCAGCUGAUGGAGAACAGGGUUCAGCUGGAGCUGAAAGACUCUGACGGGUGGACGCCGCUGCAUGCUGCCGCCUGCUGGGGACAGAUUGAAGUGGUGGAACUGCUGGUAGCCCACGGAGCCAAUCUGAAUGCAAAGUCGGUCCUAGAUGAGACGCCUCUAGAUGUUUGUAUGGACGAUGAGGUCCGAGCCAAACUAACAGACCUGAAGCACAAACACGAUGCCAUCAUGAAGAGCCAGGACAAGCAGAAAGGCACUCUGCAGAGAGGAGUGUCCAGCACUGGAAGCAGAGGUAAGGUGGUGCGUCGUGUCAGCGUCAACGAGCGGUCCAGUCUGUACCGGCGGGAGCACCAGAAAGAGGCGAUGGUGUGGCAGGAGCGCGGCCGACAGCCCGAAGCACCGGACGACGACGAAGACCGGCAAACUGACAAUGAGCUGCAGCAGCACGGCGUGAGGGUCGCCGGUGGUGCAGCAGCCGCACAUGUAGAGGAGCUGCAGGUUGACGACAGGAAGAUUGCGUCCAGUUUAGAAAACGGGGAGACUUCUGUCUCUCUGUCUUCUUCCGUCCCUGGCGAGCUGUGGACGGGCGGGGGCAGCAGCGCCUCCUACCAGCUCAGCCCUGCGUCUGGAGCCGGGUCCUCAGAGGGCGAAGCUGCAGACAGCAUGACUCGGGAGAAAUCGCACCACACGCUGGCUGACCUGAAACGCCAGCGGGCGGCCGCUAAGCUCAAUAAGUACCCAGCACCUCCUCCUCCUCUUCCCCCUGCUGUAGAGGAGGAGGAACCUUCUGCCGCAGCAGCGCAGGUAACAACUCCUCAGACUCAGUCAGAAACCCAAGCGGCCCCCACAGCAGAGCAGGAGGCCUCCCCCAGCCAGGUGUACUUCACCCCUGCCAGCGGAGAUCCUCCUUUACUGAAACUUCGAGCCCCAGAGGAGGAGCAGACCAACAACAAGGAGCCGUGCUGCGGCCUCAUGUAGACUCCAGAAACCGAGCCGGCGCGACGAGCUUCCAUUAAAACGGGUUUAAAGGUUGAGUGCACUCCAGUCUCACAGCGGAGCGUGGCGCAAGCGUCAAACUGUUCGUCUGCGUUUACCUUCAGCUUCACAUGAUCACGUGCCUUUCAACAUGUCUGAGGUUCGACUGCUCACUUGGCCAAAACACUGAGUCUGCAAACUGACGUAAGACGUCACGAAGACUUCCACACCUGUUCGCUGCUCUACGUCUCCUCCCACUCACCUGUCCUCGUCUCUUCCCACAAACAGGAUGGAACUGAGCAUCAACGUAUACAAUUUAUUGCACAGGUUAAACGGAUAAUGAAACGCUUUAUUUUUAUUAUACCCAUCAUGCAACAUAAACUGUUCAGCGCAGAGACGUGAUUAGUUGCAGCGCGAGACGUUUUCCUGGACUGUGACAAACAUUUCGAAC